AUGGUUAACCCAGGAAGCCAUAACACAGACAUCCGACUCUUCGGCUAUCGUCGACCGGUAUCUGAGUCAGAAAAGGGGGAUAAUGUGGUGCAAGGACACCCAGCAGCGCCCGAAUGGAAAGCUGUGAUAGGAUUGGCUACUGGAUUCGAGGCAGAUCGGUGCGCUGCCCGACAGAACGCCAGCGGCUAG